UAUAACACAUAGCAUGAAAAUUCAAUCUUCACAAAAAUACUGAGAUUAAAGUUAUGUUUAGGCUAGCAAUCAGAUUGAAAUUUAGGUUGUUAUAAUAGAAUUGUGUGAGAAUAAAGAAGGUACGUACUAUGAUUUAGGAUGAACCAUGUUGACUUUCAUAAUUGGUUUUGUAAUGUAAUAUGACACUUUGGUGGUAACAUAGCAGAGCGAUGUCGUUUUACGUUAGUCGUGAGGCUUCAAAGCUAUGGAAGAGAGUAUGUGCAGAGACUGCAACAGAAAUCAGUCUUCUUGCGGAGAAUUGGAAGUAUAUUUUUGGCGGUUUGACAUUUCAGGUGUUCGAGCCGUGGAAAUAGCCUCUUGCAAAAAAAUACAGGUACAUAUAUACAUGGACUUGCUGCUCGAGGGGUUCACUACAUACAUCGGCCUGGACCUACUAAGCACUGAGUUCUUUCUUCCAGUACUGCCUGACCGCACUAGUGCAGCGUUGUUUCUACCACUGAGCAAGGAUAGCAAAACUAAGGAAGAGAAUCACAAAUUUCUGCAUGGAAAUUCUGGAGAUCCUGCAGAAUGGAUAUAGAGAAUUGCGUUCUGGAUUGUGUGUAGAUGGGAGCACAGUCUGGGGCGAAGCUAUGUGUGGCCAAGAGUAGUAACUGAACACCCUUCACCAAAAAAUUAUAUUAUACAUUACUUGUUAUUGAUAAAAGAAAUAGACUUUGAACACCCUUGCGUAGCAUACUGGCAAAGGAUGUUCAAAUUUUGAUCACCCUUAUUGAAUUUUCUGGAUCCGCAAUCGUGUAUAGACAAUACAUGGAGUGCAACUAAGAAGCUGGUGAAAGGCACUUCUGUUUCAAUAUCAUUGCAAGGUUGGUUUGGAAAAUGAUAACUGGUGUUCGUCCAAGUCCAGUAAUUUUGGUCUAUAGCGUAGGAAUACAAAACCAAGGUCAGGUCAAUGCUUUUGAUAUCUCCAUGGAGACUGAGACUACGGUUAAAAGUAAUGGCAUCAAAUGUAUAAUGGAAUUCCAUCUUUUUCACUCAAUAAACUAUCUUUCAUUUUGUACUC